GCGGAGUGAGGGCAGAAAACGACGCCAUGAGGACCCUGAGAAGAGCCAGGUGACAUGCCGUUCAUUAUAAGGGGAAGACCCCGGAGUGGGGCACAGUAUGCCAGCAACAAAAGGACCACUCCCUCCGCUGAUCCCUGGUCAGAGAACUACACCCAUCUGCACCAUCCACCUGAGCCCCUGCAGGCCCCGCCCAGCACGGGGAGGCCCGUCGGCUCCUGUUCUGGCCUCCUCGGCAGUCAGGACCCCGGUGACCCUGUUACCGGGGUCAGCUCGGUCAUCGCUUGGCAUGCCGCCAUUAGCGCUGCUCGCCAAGCGCAGGGCGAUGAUGAAAAGCCCGACAUGAGGCCACAGCCCUCAGUUUGCACCACUGUACCAGCUCCUGCAGGUUCACUGGCGCAAAGGAAGAGGCAGCAGUACGCCAAAAGCAAAAAGCAGGGAGGAUCCACCAACAGCAGGCCGCCCCGAGCUCUGUUCUGCCUCACCCUCAACAACCCGAUCCGCAGGGCCUGCAUCAGCCUGGUGGAGUGGAAACCAUUUGAUAUAUUUAUACUGCUGUCUAUUUUUGCCAACUGUGUGGCCUUAGCCAUCUACAUCCCCUUCCCUGGAGACGACUCCAACUCUACCAACCAAGAACUGGAAACAGUAGAAUAUGCCUUCCUGAUCAUUUUCACUAUAGAGACAUUUCUGAAGAUUAUUGCCUACGGCCUGGUCAUGCACCAAAACUCCUACGUCAGAAACGGCUGGAACAUGCUGGACUUUGUCAUCGUCAUAGUGGGGUUGUUCAGUGUGGUUCUAGAGAUGAUAACCAAAGACGCUGACUCGGGUGGCCAAUCUGGAGGAAAACCCGGGGGCUUUGAUGUCAAGGCCCUCCGAGCCUUUCGCGUGCUACGACCCCUCCGCCUUGUCUCUGGAGUUCCUAGUUUACAGGUCGUUUUAAACUCCAUUAUUAAAGCCAUGGUUCCCCUGCUCCACAUCGCUCUGCUGGUCCUCUUUGUCAUUAUCAUCUAUGCCAUCAUUGGACUGGAGCUCUUCAUUGGCAAAAUGCACGCCACAUGCUACAUGAGACAAACAGGUGUCCUCGCGGAAGAGGAGGCCACGCCAUGUGCGGUGUCUGGUCAUGGCCGCCACUGUUUGCUCAAUGGUACAUUUUGCAGAGAGGGCUGGCAAGGACCCAACAACGGUAUCACAAACUUCGACAACUUUUUGUUCGCCAUGCUCACUGUGUUCCAGUGCAUCACCAUGGAGGGCUGGACCGACGUUCUCUACUGGAUGAAUGACGCAAUGGGCUUCGAGCUGCCGUGGGUCUACUUUGUCAGUCUGGUCAUCUUUGGAUCCUUCUUUGUUCUCAACUUGGUUUUGGGAGUGUUGAGUGGAGAGUUUUCCAAAGAGCGAGAGAAGGCCAAGGCUCGGGGAGAUUUCCAGAAGCUACGAGAGAAGCAGCAGUUAGAGGAAGACCUGAAAGGAUACCUGGACUGGAUCACGCAGGCAGAGGACAUCGACCCCGAGAACGAUGAGGAGGGAGACGAGGAGGGCAAGCGUAACCCGAGCAUGCCCAGUGAGACAGAGUCGGCGAACACGGAGAAUCACAAUGGAGAGGAUAAAAAAUCGCCCUGCUGUGGGCCGCUGUGUCAAAAAAUAUCUAAGUCAAAGUUCAGUCGUCAGUGGAGGCGGUGGAACCGUUUCUGCCGCAGAAAGAGUCGAACAGCCGUGAAAUCUGUGACGUUUUAUUGGCUGGUGAUCCUCUUGGUGUUCCUCAACACUCUCACCAUCGCCUCUGAGCACUACAACCAGCCAGACUGGCUGACGGAAGUACAGGAUGUAGCCAACAAAGUUCUCCUGGCGAUGUUCACGUUGGAGAUGCUGGUGAAGAUGUACAGUUUGGGCUUGCAGGCAUACUUUGUGUCCCUAUUUAACCGCUUUGACUGUUUCGUGGUGUGCGGAGGCAUCGUAGAGACCAUCCUGGUGGAGCUGGCCGUCAUGUCUCCGCUGGGCAUCUCUGUAUUCCGUUGCGUACGACUUCUAAGGAUCUUUAAAGUCACACGUCAUUGGGCGUCUCUCAGUAACCUGGUGGCGUCUCUGCUAAACUCCAUGAAGUCCAUCGCCUCCCUGUUGCUGCUGCUCUUUCUCUUCAUCAUUAUUUUCUCCCUGCUCGGCAUGCAGCUAUUUGGGGGAAGGUUCAAUUUUGACGAGACUGUGACCAAAAGGAGCACGUUUGAUAACUUCCCCCAGGCCCUGCUCACUGUGUUCCAGAUCUUGACAGGAGAAGACUGGAAUACAGUGAUGUAUGACGGCAUCAUGGCGUACGGUGGACACGCCUCUUCUGGAAUGGUGGUCUGCAUUUACUUCAUCAUUCUCUUCAUCUGCGGAAACUACAUCCUGCUGAAUGUUUUCUUGGCCAUCGCUGUUGAUAACCUGGCAGACGCAGAGAGCCUCAAUACAGCACAGAAGGAGGAAGAGGAGGCCAAGAAGAGGAAGAAUAGCAUCAAAGAAGCAAGCAUAGCCAAGAAGAGAGUUGCUAUAAUAGACAUCAAGGAUGGAGAUACCAAGGAGCCAGCAGAGGCUUUGCUGGAGGAGGACAAGGAGACGUAUCCUGCCAUCAACACUCCAGGUGGCGAUGAAGAAGAUAAUGAAAACCUUCCAGAAGUCCCGUUGGGGCCCCGCCCCCUGAGGCUGUCUGAACUCACCAUCAAAGAAAAGACUCUGCCCAUCCCAACGGGAAGCGCUUUCUUCAUCUUCAGCAGCACUAACCCGUUUCGUGUUUUCUGCCAUAAACUGAUCAACCAUCACAUCUUCACCAAUCUCAUCCUGGUCUUCAUCAUGCUCAGCUCCGUCUCUCUGGCUGCUGAGGACCCCAUUCGCAACUUCUCUGCUCGCAAUACCAUACUUGGUUAUUUUGACUAUGCUUUCACCGCAAUCUUUACUGUUGAGAUCCUGUUGAAGAUCCUAGGCUAUGCAGACUAUGUCUUCACUAGUAUGUUUACAUUUGAGAUCCUUAUUAAGAUGACAGCGUUCGGAGCUUUUCUUCACAAAGGGGCGUUCUGUAGAAACUACUUCAACCUUUUAGACCUGCUGGUCGUUGGCGUGUCUCUAGUAUCCUUCGGCAUUCAGUCCUCUGCUAUCUCAGUUGUGAAGAUUCUCCGUGUUUUGAGAGUCCUUCGUCCACUCAGGGCCAUCAACAGAGCCAAGGGACUAAAGCACGUGGUCCAGUGUGUGUUUGUGGCCAUCAGGACCAUCGGCAACAUCAUGAUCGUCACCACGCUGCUGCAAUUCAUGUUCGCCUGUAUAGGAGUGCAGCUCUUUAAGGGUAAAUUUUAUCGUUGCGCCGAUGAUGCAAAGUCCAGCCCAGAAGAAUGCAAAGGUAACUACAUUAUCUACAACAACGGGGACACAGCGCUGCCCAUGGUGAAGGAGAGGAUCUGGUACAACAGCGACUUCAACUUUGACAAUGUCCUCAUGGCCAUGAUGGCUCUUUUCACCGUCUCCACUUUCGAAGGAUGGCCCACUCUGCUCUACAAGGCCAUCGACUCUCACAAGGAGAACAUGGGUCCGAUCUACAACUACCGCAUCGAGAUCUCCAUCUUUUUCAUCAUCUACAUCAUCAUCAUCGCCUUCUUCAUGAUGAACAUCUUUGUCGGUUUCGUCAUUGUUACCUUUCAGGAGCAAGGGGAGAAGGAGUACAAGAACUGUGAGCUCGAUAAGAACCAGCGUCAGUGCGUGGAAUAUGCUCUUAAAGCUCGUCCUCUGCGCCGCUACAUACCCAAAAACCCUUACCAGUACAAGUUCUGGUAUGUGGUCAACUCUACUGGCUUUGAGUACGUCAUGUUUGUCCUAAUCAUCCUCAACACCUUGUGUCUGGCCAUUCAGCACCAUGGUCAGUCUCAUCUGUUUAACUAUGCCAUGGACAUCCUCAACAUGGUCUUCACAGGGGUUUUCACUGUGGAGAUGAUCCUCAAACUCAUCGCCUUUAAACCCAGAGGCUAUGUUGGGGACGCCUGGAACGUCUUUGAUGCUCUGGUCGUGAUUGGAAGUGUAGUCGACAUCAUACUGAGCCAGAACUAUUUUGCUGAUGCAUGGAACACGUUUGAUGCCUUAAUUGUUGUGGGUAGCGUGGUUGACAUUGCCAUCACUGAGAUCAAUUCGACAGCCAUUCCAGUCGUCAAGGUGAUAGUGGAGCCCGGGAACACAGAGGACAGCGCUCGUAUCUCCAUCACCUUCUUCCGCCUGUUCAGAGUGAUGCGAUUGGUCAAACUUCUGAGCAGGGGGGAGGGCAUCAGGACUCUGCUGUGGACCUUCAUCAAGUCCUUCCAGGCUCUCCCCUAUGUUGCACUCCUGAUAGCCAUGCUGUUCUUCAUCUAUGCUGUAAUUGGGAUGCAGGUGUUUGGAAAAAUAGCCAUGGUGGAUGGGACACAAAUCAACCGCAACAACAACUUUCAAACUUUUCCUCAAGCUGUCCUGAUGCUCUUCAGGUGUGCCACAGGAGAGGCCUGGCAGGAGAUCAUGCUGGCCUGUCUGCCGGGGAAACUGUGUGAUCCAGAGUCGGAAUACAACUCCGGAGAGGAGAAAACCUGCGGCAGCGGCUUCGCCAUCAUCUACUUCAUCAGCUUCUACAUGCUCUGUGCUUUCCUGAUCAUCAACCUGUUUGUUGCUGUCAUCAUGGAUAACUUUGACUAUCUGACCCGCGAUUGGUCCAUUCUGGGACCGCAUCACCUGGAUGAGUUCAAAAGGAUCUGGUCUGAAUACGACCCUGAAGCAAAGGGCAGGAUUAAGCACCUUGACGUGGUGACUCUGCUCAGGAGGAUCCAGCCUCCGCUGGGCUUUGGCAAGCUCUGUCCUCACAGAGUGGCCUGUAAGCGUCUGGUGGCAAUGAACAUGCCCCUCAACAGUGACGGGACGGUCAUGUUUAAUGCCACCUUGUUCGCUCUAGUCCGCACUGCUCUCAAGAUUAAAACCGAAGGUAACCUGGAGCAAGCCAAUGAGGAGCUCAGAGCUGUGAUAAAGAAGAUCUGGAAGAGGACGAGCAUGAAGCUGCUGGACCAAGUGGUGCCCCCAGCAGGCGAUGACGAGGUAACAGUGGGGAAGUUCUAUGCCACAUUCCUGAUACAGGACUACUUCAGGAAGUUUAAGCGGCGCAAAGAGCAAGGUCUUGUAGGAAGGCGCUCGUGGGAAAAGCUGAACACAACCAUGGCUCUUCAGGCUGGCCUGCGCACGCUGCAUGACAUCGGACCAGAGAUCCGUCGAGCCAUAUCAUGUGACCUGCAAGGGGCGGGGCUAGUAGAGGCUGAUGGAGAGGAAGAAGAGGAUAUAUACAGGCGUAACGGAGGCCUUUUUGGUAACCAUGUCAACCACGUGGGUGCAGAUCAGCAAGGCUACUCUCACCCGACCACCGCCACCCAGCGGCCACUACAGAUCUUGCCCUUUUCCUGCGGGGGCUCCACCGGGCCAACCCAAACAGGCAGGAGGGCCAGCGAGGGCGACGCAGGAGAGGAGACGGAGAUGAACUCUUCACCUAUCCAGUACAACCAUCAUUAUCACUCCCCCCAUCCGUAUAAUAACCCCCACUGUAUUCCCACCUGCCAUCAAUCGCCAAUCCCCUCCAAUGCCAACCUCAACAACGCCAACGUACCCUCGCUUCUCUCCAUGGCCAAUGGGAGGCAGCAGAAGUGUUUGUUAGGGCGAGACCGUCCGUCCUCUGCCAAAAACCGGUCAUCAGUGUCCACCUACAGCAGAGGAGUACACAACAAGCUUUGGAAGUCACACUCGAGCAGGACACGCUACUAUGAGGCCUACAUUAGGUCAGAGAGCAGCAGUGGGCUCUACCCCACCAUUCGUCGAGAGGAGUCAGGGGGCGGAGACAGCGAUGAAGAGCGAGGCUCGGGAGAGUACUUUAGUGGGGAGGAGUUUCAAGAAGACGACAUCAUGGUCACAAAGGACAGAUUGUUCAACAGGGACCAGCGUGAUGCAGAGGCAGACCUUGACCACAUGGUUUCCAGGGGCGACCAACAGCCUGAUGGUUACUUUGACGAUGACCAACAGCCGAUCUACCAAGACGACAGGCGGUCACCCAGGAGAUGGCUCUUACCCUCGCCUCAAGCCUGCACAAGACCAACAUUCAGUUUUGAGUGUCUUCGUAGAAGAAGUAGUCAGGAUGAUGCUCCUCUCUCUCCAUCCUGCACAGCUCUUCCACUGCACCUUGUACAUCAACAGGUGAUGGCGGUGGCCGGUCUCGAUGCCAGCAGAAUUCACCGCCGGUCUCCGACGCGAUCGCUCCGCUCCUGGGUCACGCCUCCUGCCUCGCCCAUCAACAGGGACUGCUCGCCCUGCUACACACCUCUCAUACAGGUGGACUGGCGUAGUCACGGCAGCGUGGGUAGCCUCCCCGGAGCGGUGAUGAAGAGGAGUUCGUGGUAUACAGACGGCCAUGACGGUCCUCCCAGCCGCAGUCUCUCUCCGUCCCGCCUGCAGCUGCCAGCAGAGUGCUGCUCUCACUUCCUGCAGAAUAGAGGAAGCGCUAUCAGUGUGGUGGAGGCUGUGUUGAUCUCCGAGGGUCUUGGGAAAUAUGCCAAGGACCCCAAGUUUGUGACAGCGACACAAACGAAAAUCGCAGACGCCUGCGAGAUGACCAUCGAUGAGAUGGAGAGCGCCGCCAGUAACCUGCUGAACGGCAGUAUAGGUAGCUGCAGCACAGGGGCCACGAGCAGCGAGGGCUCGGACUCGCAGGCCGCCUCGCAGCUCAGAGACAGCAGCAUCCGGGACUACAGCGAUGAGGAGCCCUGCGUGGCUCUGAAAUGUGAAGAGGACCUAACAGAUGAGAUGAUAUGCAUCACAUCACCUAUAGCAGCGGCUCACAUGGGAUUAUUUAGGUUUUUUCAAUUGAAUUUCUACAACCAAUCCACAGUGAGGGGAUGUCUCAGUUCAGGAGCAUCCUGGGGAAAAUGUAAAAUAUGGGGGGAUAAGAGAACAAAGUGCCUUGUUUUUCUCUUUCUGUGGAGUGGAGACGCAAGAGAGGAACAGAUGGUUGUAUGGGAGAGCUGAGAUUCAGUCAGAAAAUAUUGAAGCCAGAGAGACUCGACCUUUUCACCAGCCUGCCGGUCAUUUAGCAGGAAUUCGGGAUACCCCUUAAGGUGUUUGAUUUUGUUAUUUUCUUCAUUAUUAGCGGUUGUUUGAAACAACAGAAUAACCUGCCAGCCUCGCAAAGCCAGCCCAAGCUCAUAAGUUAGUUUUCCCAAAAACAUACUUUGAGAAAGAGCUGCACACCUUGGUAAAAUACUGGAAGUUAAUGUACUUGGUUAUUCAUAUUAUUUGUUUUGCCUCUGUACUACAGUGCAUUGUUUUUCAAAUUAAACAGCAACUUUGAUGGCUUUAAUUUGAGGAGUUUUGCAUAUUGAGUGAACAAUAGCGGGAUUGUUCUGAUGCGUAAUCCAAAAGUUGUGGGAACAUGUUUAAAACAAGAACAGUUUUCCUACAACAUAAAACUGUGUCACACUGAUGUUUGAAAGAGUAACGCUGGCUUUGCAAAGCUGCUUUUGUCCUGCUGCAAAAUGUCUUGUCCUGAGUCCUUGUUUUCAGAUGGGUGUUUCAUGUCAUGUAUAUAACGCGUGAUUUUAUAAAAAAAUAACCUUUAGUGGUCACGAUAAGAGACCCUGGUUAUUCACAUUACAUUCUGGCCUCCUAUGUCUUGAAUUAACCACAUAAAAGUUGAAUAAAACAAUUAUAUUUUUAUUUUGUUAAUGUAUUUCAGGCUAUUGUUAGUGCAGAGCUACACUCAGGCUGAUCUGAGUCCAGAUGUUUCAGGGUUAAGCAUUGCUCGUCUCGGUACUUGACUUGAAAAGGAGAUCACAUAUCACAGAAUAAAGACUUUGUCCUCAGGCAUAUCCUUCUGUUCACACGUGCACAAUGAUCUGAAACACAGAAACUGUGUGUAUAUAAUACUCUUCGCCCUUUACAGCAACAACAGAGAAUUAAUGUACCCCAUUUUACUUGCUUAAAUACUUUAAACACCCUUAAAAUAGAGGAAGAUAUGGUUGUUAGUAACUGUUCCAUUGUGAUCCUUAAAGGGGCCCUGCAUGCCUUUUUGGGGGUUUCUCAUUCCCGUAGUGUGUUGUAUAGGUUUGUGUGCAUGUAAAUGUCUGCAAAGGCUAAAAUCCCAAAGUUUCCCUCAUGCUUCUAUUGGCUAGCGUUUCCAACACAUUGUAACGUGAUAGGCUAAUGGGCGGGACGUCCAUAAGCGUCUGAAAAAUCACAACAGUGCCGGCAAGCUAACCAAUCAGAGCAGACUGGGCUCUGGUUUCAGACAGAGGGUGAAAAGACCGGGCAGGUAGUAUGAAAACAAAGCCACUUUUUGAACAUUAUAGCAUGUAACAUGUCACACUUACAAUAACAUUUAUAAACCUGAAAAUUAGCAUAAUAGGGCCCUUUAAUUUGUAUUCCGAGCCCCCUUAAAGACUAUGAGGAGAGACCAUUUCAUUGUUAGAAACUCAGCCAUAAAUACGCAAUGAAAAUAGGACAAACAUCAGAUAAUACUGUAGAGGAGUUGUUUUACUUUAUGACGUAAAAGCUGAUGAUACACAUUAGUCUGGUACGUUACACAUGCUGAAUUAGGCUUUCAAGUAGGAAUCUGUUUUUAGAUUACUCAUCUAGACAAGGAAAACUAAUAAUCCAGAGAUUCAUGCCUGACUCAUUCAAAUAUUGCUGACAUGUUAGUUUCACCUACUGAGGAAAUGAUGAUAAUAAACAAUGAAUUCCUCCUCAGGCAUUUGAGACCUUGAGUCAAUUCACGCACAUAGAUUUCAAGGUUUGACCAGAUAUUGGACAUUUGUGACUCACUGACAGUGUACAUUUUGAACAACAUAACAGAACUCCGCUAAAACAAAUUUAAUUCUUUGUGUGUGUCUUUUGACUGAAAUUAUGUCAGCUCCUGCAAUGUAUUCCUAUUUAUUUUUCAACACUUAUGCGAGUGCUCACAAGUCUAAAACAGCUGCUGUCUGUGAAGGGAACCUACAUAACCUUCUUGUAGAUUAAAAACAACAUGUAUAUUUGCUACAGCACUAACCAGUCUUUUUUCUACCACUGCCAACCGUAACAAGGUCUUCAGGUGUACUUUUACAAACUACCAUGGUUUGUGGCUGCUGGGCUAUCUACUUUUUUCCUUCAAUAUAAUACUGUUGUCAGGGCAACAUGUGUAAUGUGCAACCAAAGGGCUCUUUCAAAUAUAAAACCAAAAGCAAGAGAUUGUUAAGUGCAUUUAAACGCAUAUUCAAUUAUUAUUCCAGAUUUGUUUCCAUUAUUUAUAUGUUGUCAAAAAGUAUGCAGAUCAUUGUGUACAAUGAUGACAAAAAGGGUUCAUGCUUAUACUGGGAAGUUAUUUUCUUUAUAGUCAAUAAACAUACAGGUGAAUUUAACCUGAGCUUUAUAUGAACUGUAAAUGCACUCAUGUCUUGAUUGGCCAACACUGCAGAUACAUAUGACAUUUACCAACUGCAUGUCAAUUGUGUUUAACUAAGAAUUAAUGACUCAUUCUAAUUGUUAUUACCUCUGUGACUAUCCGGAUGUGUUGGUUAAAAUGUCAGGGAAACUGUCGCAGUGUUUGAUUGACAGGUGAACAAGAAGCAGUGAAAACUAAACAACCAACAUCAGAAAAAAACGAAACAAGAAUUACAUUUAAAAUCUAUUUAUUUUCCCUAAUGCAACCAGGACUAUUCAGACCUACAAAUAAAUGUUUAAAGUAAUUAAGAUCACGUUAAAAGCCAUAUUACUCACAUGCUUUAGGGAGAAAUCUGUACAUUUGCUGCACCUAGGAAUACUCAUCUGGCUGUUGUGGGAAUCAAACCUGUUCCAUUCAUUACAGAACAAACCAAAACAUUUAGUUAAUUCAGUGUUUGAGACAACCACGCCACCAGAAAAUAUAAUCAUCUGCUGCUUAUUCAUCUAUUCAGUUCCAUUUAGACUUAACAAAAGAAGCAUUGUGACAAAAACCAACACCAGAGCAUCGUUGUCCCAACUGAAGGCUUUAUUAUUUUCUACUGUUCCACUGCCAUACAAAUGUCCAUGGAAUCACAACAUGUAUACAAUCUGUACAGUGUGUGUAAAAAAACAAAGUGAUUACAGAUUCUGCUUUCUACCCAUUUGUUGUAUGGAAAUUAAACAAUAUAGCUCUAUCUACUUGUAGCAUAAGUUCUAGUACCUUAUAGAUUUUGUACCAAUGAAAAUCAAACACCCUGUUUUGUACAUUUUAAUUCUUGACGAUGAACCUGCUGAGAUUUUUCACUGAAUAAAGUCAAGAGGAUAAAGUUA